AUGGCAGCCGCCGUUGGGGUUCGGGCAAGGCAGGGCGGAAUGGACGGAGGAGGCGAUUUUUUCCUUACGUCGCGGCCAUGGCUCAGUCUCUACGGCAUGCGGGUGCGCGCGGUACCACCGGUUGGCAGCGUGAGUCACGGCGGCGGUGCUCGCGAGAAAGAGACGUCUUUAAUCCACCGCGCCCUGCCGGAGGAGCUGCUGGUCGAGGUGUUCGCGCGCCUGCCGGCGCAGUAUCUGGGGCGCGUGGCAUGCGUGUGCCGCCGCUGGCGCUACACCGUGCGCGCCCCCGCGCUCUGGAAGGAGGCCUGCUUCCGCGCCUGGCAGGAUGAGGGCGAGGACGCGCUAAGGUUCUUACAGCGGCGCUUCUUCUCCUCAUCAUGGCGCACCAUGUGGUUGCACCGCCCGCGAAUCAGAUUCCAAGGCGUGUACGUGAGUCGCAACACAUACCUGCGGUGUGGGGUGGUGGAGUGGCGCAACAAGAGGCCCGUCCACAUGGUGUGCUACUAUCGGUACAUCAGCUUUCUCCCCAACGGGAAAGUUCUGUACAAGACGUCCCCCCAGGUGGUGCGGGAUGUGGCACGGCAGAUGCAGGCAGCAGCGCACAUGCGCUUCCCCUCCUCCAGAGUGCUUGCAGGGGGCACCGAUGCUUCCUCCCAUGCCUCCGAUGGCAUUCACCUCGGCCGCUACUCCAUCGUUGAUGACUCGAUUCAAGCAGCACUGCUGUAUCCGGGCCGACGAGCCACUCUUGUGCAGCUGAAGCUCAGGCUCCGUGGCACAUGUGUGGGCGCUAACAACCGCCUGGACGUACUGUCUCUCAUCACCGGAGGGGUAGGCCAUCAGGCCACCCCCCGCACCCCCAAGGAGGUCGACCUGCUGCUGCAGCAGCACUGCCGGCACAGAGGAGCCGCGAGAGGGAGAGGCGACGGCGAGGCAGAGGGAGGCGGGCAAGGAGGGGAGAUUGAGGGGGGAGGCGGGGGAGGAGUGGGAGAUGAGGGAGAGGAGGAGAGGGAUCCGUUGGAGGUGUUAGCAGAGCUGGAUCCGGAGGUGCCUGCUGUGGCUCACCAGAGGGGCACGGCGGCGUUUGUCUUUGUGCCCUUUGAAGAUGCGGACACGGACAUUUUAAACCUGCCCGUGGACAAGAUGGACUUUUACGUCCCUGGAUGA